UACAAACACACACACACACACACACAAAUAUGUGUAUUCUGUCUGUAUCGAACUGUGAUACAUAUAUAUACAAGUACAAAUAAUGUAAUAAAAAAGUAAAGAAAAUAGUGACGCCGACGGGCAAGCCGAACAACUUCACGACUAUUCUACAUCUCUAGAGAGAGAGACAACACAACACAGCCCACAAAGGAAAAAGACCCUCACUUUCUCUCUCUAACCUAUAAAAAUCAAAAAAUUUGGAUAGAGAAUGUCGAGUGGGGGUACGCAGAACAGCUUGAGGAAAACCCUCGGUGCUUUAAAGGACUCCACCACCGUUAAUUUGGCCAAAAUUAACAGUGACUACAAGGAAUUGGACAUUGCCGUUGUUAAGGCAACGAAUCAUGUCGAACGUCCAGCGAAAGAGAGACACAUAAGAGCCGUGUUUGCUGCUGUAUCCGGGACGAGGCCGCGUGCUGACGUGGCGUAUUGCAUACACGCGCUUGCUAGAAGAUUGUCAAAGACUCAUAAUUGGGCGGUUGCGUUGAAAACUUUGAUUGUCAUCCAUCGUGCACUAAGGGAGGUGGACCCCACAUUCCAGGAAGAAAUUAUCAAUUAUGGCAGGAGCAGAAGCCAUAUGCUUAACUUAUCCCAUUUCAAGGACGACUCGAGUCCUAACGCUUGGGAUUAUUCCGCUUGGGUGCGCUGUUACGCUUUAUAUAUGGAAGAGAGGUUGGAAUGCUUCAGAGUGUUGAAAUACGAUAUCGAGGCUGAUCGCCUUAGAACAAAAGAUUUGGACACUCCGGAGUUACUCGAGCACUUGCCAGCAUUGCAACAACUGCUUUACCGUGUGCUUGGCUGUCAGCCACAAGGAGCAGCUGUUCAUAAUUUCAUCAUUCAAUUAGCCCUUUCCAUGGUUGCUUCGGAAAGCAUUAAAAUCUACAAUGCAAUAAGUGACGGCACUGUGAAUUUGGUCGACAAGUUCUUCGAGAUGCAAAGGACCGAUGCUGUGAGGGCAUUGGACAUAUAUCGAAGAGCUGGCCAGCAGGCUGAGAGAUUGUCGGAGUUUUACGAAAUAUGUAAAACCCUCGACGUGGGGCGUGGAGAACGAUUUAUCAAGAUCGAACUGCCACCUGCAUCGUUUUUACAAGCUAUGGAAGAGUAUGUAAGAGAAGCACCACGCGCUUCCACCGCUCGAUCGGGUGAUGAUAAGCCCAAGGCGAUAUUAGCAAUAGAGUACAAAAACACCUCAGAGGUGAAAGAAGAGCUUCCACCACCACCGCCGCCACCUCCACCACCGCAAGUAGCACCGGAACCACCAGUAGAGCCUGUUAAAGUCGAAGCUCCUGCUUCAGAACCACCACCUGAUUUGCUGGGUCUGAAUGAACCUCUACCUGCUGCCUCAGAGCUCGACGAGAAAAAUUCUUUGGCUUUAGCCAUUAUUCCAGCUGGUGCUGCAGAACAACCAGGUUCAACUGUACAAAACCUGAAAAACGGAGCCACAGGCUGGGAACUAGCACUCGUCACCGCUCCAAGCUCCGCCGACAGCGCUACAGCAGCUAGCAAAUUGGCCGGAGGGUUCGAUAUACUCACCCUAGACAGCCUGUACGAUGAUGCAAUAAGAAGAACAAACCAAAACAACGUAAGCUACAAUCCAUGGGAACAACAACAACAAACUACAAUGAUGCCGCACGAUCCAUUCUACGCCUCAAACGGAGUGGCGGCACCACCUUCCGUCCAGCUGGCAGCCAUGUCUAUGAACCACCACCAGCAGCAGCAGCACAAUUAUGGUUUUCAGCCGCCACAUCAGCAACAGCAGCAAAUGAUGAUGGGGGGCCCACAACAACAACCCGCGAAUCCAUUUGGAAACCCGUUCGGUGGCGGGCCCCAGCCCUAUGGGUCGGGUAUGCCCGUUCAAACCUACAAUCCUUAUCCGGGCCUCAUUUGAAACUAAAAACAUGAGAUAUAAUUUCGAUAAAUAUUAGGAUUAUUGAGAGAUUCUUGGUAGAUUAGAUGAAUUUGUGUAGCGUAUUGUUUUGUGUGGGUGAAAAAGUAGAUAUAUAGACGGAAUUCAUUGUUCAAUAACCGAGUAUAUAUAUACAUAUGUAUAUAUGUAUAUAUGUAUGUUCUUUUUUAUCGGGUAAUCGGUCGUAAUGCUUCGAUGACUUUGCAUAAAAUUUGUGUUACCUGCAUUGGUCAGGCAGGAGAUGUAUUUUGGUGUU